AUGCGGCCGGGAGGCGCGCUGCUCGCCCUACUCGCCAGCCUCCUGCUGCUGCUGCUGCUGCGCCUGCUCUGGUGCUCGACCGACACGCCCGCCCGCCCCAGGUUCUUGGUGGAGGAAAGCAGGGAGGCCAUCCACGGCACCCGCGCCGCGCCAAGGACGCCCGGGAGCCCGCCGACCCGGCCCCCGCGCACCACGAACAGCACGUAUCUGAACGAGAAGUUCCUCCCGCCGACAGAGAGAUGCCAAAAUCUUCAAGCCGGCUUGGAGACUUUAUCUAACAAGACGAGAAAGUAUUCAGAGGAUGACUAUCUUCAGGUCGUCACUAGUAUCCAGAGCUGUCCAUGGAAGCGACAAGCAGAAGAGCAUGAGAAGUUUAGAGUGGAACUUGCUUCGUGUUGUGAUGCCGUUCAAAACUUCAUUGUUUCUCAAAAUAACACUCCCGUCGGGACUAACGUGAGUUACGAGGUGGAAAGUAAAAGCAAAAUCCAAAUCAGAGAGAACAUUUUUGAUAUGUUGCCAGUGACUCAGCCUUUUGUGGGGUACCCUUACAAUCAGUGUGCGGUGGUUGGAAAUGGGGGGAUUCUGAAUCAGUCUCUCUGCGGAGCCGAAAUCGAUAAAUCCGACUUUGUUUUUAGGUGUAACCUCCCCCCAACCACAGGAAAUGUUACCAAUGAUGUUGGCACUAAAACCAACCUGGUGACUCUAAAUCCCAGUAUCAUAAGACUAAGAUAUGGGAACUUAAAGGAAAAGAAAGCAAUAUUUCUGGAGGACGUUGCAACCUAUGGAGAUGCAUUCGUCCUUCUGCCAGCAUUUUCCUUCAGGGCCAACACGGCGGCCUCUUUUAAGGUGUACUACACACUGAAGGAGUCUAAAGCAAGACAAAGAGUCUUAUUUUUCCAUCCCAAGUACCUGAAAAACCUUGCCCUCUUCUGGAGGACUAAGGGUGUGACCGAGUAUCGCCUGUCCUCCGGCUUGAUGAUCACAAGCGUGGCAGUUGAACUGUGCGAGAACGUGAAACUCUAUGGAUUCUGGCCCUUCUCUAAAACUGGAGAGAACACACCUGUCAGCCAUCACUACUACGACAACAGGUUACCUAAGCGCGGUUUCCAUGAGAUGCCCAAGGAGUAUAGACAAAUUCUCCAGCUUCACGUGAAAGGAAUCCUCAGAUUACAAUUUAGCAGAUGUGAAAUAGCCUAA